AUGAGCUCAAAGAUUGAGAGCAUCCUCGGGUCUCUCACCUUGGAGGAAAAGGUCUCUUUGCUCGCUGGGAAAGACUUCUGGGAGACUGUACCAAUCUCGGACAAGGGAGUACCAGCUAUCAAGACUAGUGACGGACCCAAUGGUGCACGAGGCGAGGUCUUUGCUGGAGGAACACGAGCAGCAUGUUUUCCAGCAGCGGUGUGUUCUGCCGCAACUUGGAACCCAGACUUCGCCCGUCAAAUAGGAAACGCGUUGGCGGAAGAGACUAAGACGAAGAGUGCGCGAGUCCUGCUUGCACCGACCAUGUGCAACCAUAGACAUCCUCUUGGAGGCCGCAAUUUUGAGAGCUUCUCCGAAGACCCCUACUUGACCGGCAAGAUGGCUGCCAAUGUGGUCAACGGUAUCCAAGAGAAGGGUAUCGCAGCCACCGUCAAGCACUUUGCGGCCAACGAGCAGGAAACCGAGCGUUUGGCUGUGGAUGAGGUCAUCUCCGAGCGUGCGCUUAGAGAAAUCUACCUGAAGCCUUUCGAGAUCACUAUCAAAGAGGCCAACCCUUGGGCUGUGAUGACCGCCUACAACAAGGUCAAUGGAACACAUGCAGACUCAAACACGUUUCUCCUCAAGCAAGUACUGCGCGGUGAAUGGGGGUGGGACGGUCUCGUUAUGAGCGACUGGGGAGGUACAAACUCCACGGCUGACUCGCUGAAUGCCGGCUUAGACCUCGAAAUGCCUGGUCCUACAAGAUGGCGGACGAAGGACGCUGUCGUAAAGGCUGUGAAGGAUGGUGAAGUAUCCGAGCAAGUGAUCACUGACCGCGCGAGGAACGUGUUGAAGCUCAUCGAAAAGGUUGGAGCAUUCGAGAAUCCUGAGAUCCCCCCUGAAAAGUCCAUCGUCAACCCGAAGCACAGCAAGCUGAUCCGAGAUGUCGCUGGUCAGGGCAUUACGCUGCUGAAGAAUGAUGGUGCAAUACUUCCACUAAGGAAGGAAAAGGCAAGGGGCAAGAAGAUCGGACUCUUUGGGCUUGCCAAAGAGGCACUCAUCCAUGGAGGUGGAAGUGCUAGUCUCAACGCCCAUUACCGCAUCACACCUGAGGAAGGCUUGAAGGCUGCAUAUGGCGACGAUGUUGAACUCAAGUUCGCAAAGGGAGCCCAGACGUAUCGCCUAUUGCCACCUCUUGCCAAACACUGCAAGGAUGCCCAAGGAAACCACGGCUGGAGGAUGGAAUUCUUCAAAGACGGCGACUCAAAGCCCUGGAAGACCGUCGACGCUUUCAAAGAGUCUGCAUUUAGCCCUAUUUUGGACAACGAAGCGAUUGGCAAGGAAGUCAGACUUACAACAACAUUCAUCCCAUCUGCAACAGGCAAACACUAUCUCGGAUGCUCUGGCAUAGGUCCCACAACUGUCACCAUCAACGAAAAGGUGGUCUUCGAGCAGAAGGGAAACUCCCCAGACCCAAUGGGCUUCCUGCUUGGUGGAAAUCCCGAGAAAGAGUUCACCAUUCCAUUCAAGGAAGUUGAAAGGUACAAAAUUCAGAUCCACACGAUCCCGCCAUCAGGCGGAUCCGACUGGGGCAUCCUAGCCGGUCUUCCUGGGUUCAGGAUGGGCUUCAUGUUGCAAGAAGAGCACGAUGUCGACAUGCUCACUCAGGCAAAGGAGCUUGCGAGAGAGGUUGAUGUUGCGAUUGUGUUCACUGGACACACUCCAGCUUGGGAGACUGAAGGUCAGGACCAACAAAGCUUCAAUUUACCUCGCGAUGGAUCUCAGGAUGCCCUUGUCGAUGCAGUCGCGUCGCUAAACCGUAAGACCAUCGUAGUCAACUCGACUGGUGUCGCCGUCGCUAUACCAUGGCUCGACAAGGUCGCGGCACUCGUGCAGGCUUGGUUCCCCGGCCAGGAAGCCGGCAAUGCGAUUGCUGACAUCAUUUCCGGCGCUGUCAAUCCCUCAGGGAGACUGCCUGUUUCUUUCCCCAAGCGCCUCGAGGACGCACCUGCCUACGGCAACUUCCCUGGCGAGAAGAAGGGCGACCAACUUACUGUCAAGUAUGAGGAGGAUGUCUUCGUCGGCUACCGCCACUACGACCGUGUGUCAAAGGAUAAAGUUCAAUUCCCUUUCGGAUUCGGCCUGUCAUACACUACCUUUGCCUUCAAGAAUGGAGAGAUUGAGCAAACUUCUGCAGACGCCUUCAAAGCUACUGUAUCGGCCAAGAACACCGGCAGCCUCCCAGGGGCCACAGUAGUCCAGUUGUACGUCGGCAGGAAGCAGCAAUCUCCUGAACACCCAGUCAAGACGUUGGCGGCAUUCAAGAAGGUGCAUCUAGAAGCCGGAGAGGAGAAGCAAGUGGAAUUGUCGUUGGCACUCAAGGACUUUGCGUACUUCGAUGAGGUGUCGAAGGGUUGGAAGGUUGAUCGUGGGCAAUACGACUUCUCCUUUGGUCAGUCCUCGGCACACGUUGAGAGUGUGGCUACGUUGGAGGUUGAGGGUAGUCGAGAGCUGAAGGUUUGA